AUGCCAGCCUUAGAGCCGUCUUCACGCACGCCAUCAUCCAAGGGCUCAGAUUCUAAUGAAUCAGAUAUUUCCGUGACUGAACGAUCCAUCAAUGAUGCUCAUCCGAGCUCUGAUGCUGAUGACCUUCUGUCAUAUCAUCUGAAUUUCCUUCAACGGGCUCCUGCGAAAGACGACCUGGACGAGGUUGUCUCAACCCCGUUGUUUACUCAGCCCGUACUGAAACAUGCCGAGGCUCUCGGUUAUCGAUACAAUAAAACAACAUUCCGGCAAUAUGCCCUUCUUGCGGGUAAUAUCGACUCACUGGGCAAGAAAUCACCUGAAGAUCCAAGAAUCUUCUAUAAUGUCACGGCCCCUUCAAGUGUCUUCAUCUGCGGCAGUCAAGGCUCUGGCAAGAGUCACUCCCUUUCUUGUCUCCUGGAGAGUUGCUUGAUUCCCUCCAAGUUGGGCAAGCUCCCGCGCCCUCUGACGGGAAUAGUGUUUCAUUACGACACUUUCAUCUCCGAUAAUGGCGGAACCCCUUGUGAAGCAGCAUAUUUGUCUUCGCAUCCCAAUGUCAAUGUCCGAGUAUUGUGUGCACCAACCAACACUCGUACUAUCACGAACACAUACAGAGCCCUUCCCAAUGUGAAAGUAGAACAACUGAAACUCGAUGAGGGCGAUCUCAAUACCGAACGUAUGCUUGAUCUCAUGGCAGUUGGCGAGGGCAAUAUGCCCCUGUACAUGCAUGUCGUCCAAAGAAUCUUGAGAGACAUGCGAAUGGCACAGCAGGAGGCAGGAUCGACCUUCAAAUACACGACCUUCCAGCAGAUGAUUAUGCAGUCUGACCUGACUCCGUUGCAACGCGCACCUCUCCAGCAGCGCCUGGACACCCUUGAGAGUUACAUGUUUCAUGAGCAGGUUACCCGCAAGCUCAGUCUGCACGGCACAAUGAAGUCUAAGCAGACGCGAGAGCAAGCCACUGACUGGAUCCCAAAGGCAAGAGAGCUAAUCAUUGUGGACCUUUCUUGCCCUUGCGUAACGGCGGAAAUGGCUUGCUCCCUGUUCAACAUUUGUCUUUCGCUCUUCUUGGAACAAGAUUCUUCCCUCGGCCGAGUAGUCGCACUCGACGAAGCGCAUAAGUACAUGGGCGAAUCGGCCGAAUGUCAGACCCUAACGAACUCGCUCCUCGCGACAAUCCGCCUGCAACGCCACCUUGGCGCCCGGGUUAUCAUCUCAACUCAAGAACCCACAAUCUCACCCAAGCUCCUCGACCUCUGCAGCAUCACCUUCGUGCACCGCUUCACCUCUCCCGACUGGCUCCAAGUGCUCAAGCGCCAUCUGGCUGGCAUAUCCACGUCGUCUAAAAUCGCAAAAAAGCUCGAUGGGUCAGAUGAGCAGCUCGAAGAUAGUGUCUUUGACGGACUGAGAGGUGUCACUGUUACGUCGGAGAAUCCCACCCUAGAGCUCUUCUCGCGGAUCGUGGCGCUUAAGGUGGGAGAGGCGCUCGUUUUUGCGCCUAGUGCUAUUGUCAGUCUGGAGAAUCAGAAGGAUGCCUAUGGGAAAAGUCGAACUGCGCUGAAGAGGCUUGCUCAUGAUGUGUUGAGAGUUCGGGUGAGGGCGAGACUAACGAUGGAUGGGGGUCGGAGUAUUAUGGCUACUUGA